AUGCCAAGCGCCGGCCCCAGCGAAAGCCCAGGCUCCUCCCCAAGUGGCAGCCCCACCGCCAUGCCAAGUGCCUCCCCAAGCGUGAGCCCCAGCAGCAGCCCCUCUGGCAGUCCCACGGGAAGCCCAAGUACAAGACCAACAGACACUCCAACUAUGGCGCCAACUGACCCACCAACGAAGGCUCCAACCAAGGCUCCAACCAAGGCUCCAACAAAGGCACCAACCAAGGCACCAACCAAGGCACCAACCAGGCGCCAACCAAGCACCCACAAAGCACCAACCGAUCUUCCGACCAAGGCUCCAACAACCUCUCCCACAUCUGUCCCCACGCAAGGACAAUCACCUUAUCCUACAGCUGCCCUUCCUCCUAGUGGGGCUGUGGGCUACCUUGUGCUGGUAAAUGCGGAUACUGCUACGGUCGUAAGGCCGAUUGUGGAUGGCGAGACAAUCGUUCUUUCUGAGCUUGGACAUAACUAUGACAUCAGAGCGAUAACAAACCCCGACGUGAUUACCAGAGUGAAGUUCUAUGUGGACGGGAGCCAGAUCAACAAUGAUAAGACGUUUCCGUACACUUUUUGCGGGGGUGCCAGCGGGAGUGGUUACGGAGCCUGUGAUUCAAAUACAAUCCCGAUUGGUACACCCGUCAAGCUCGAAGCUGAGGCGAGAAACAACAAUAAGUGGCUUGCUACGUAUACUGCCACCAUCACAAUCGAGGAGACGAGAAUGCUACUCACACAGCCAGAUCCAACACCAAGUCCAACCGACUCAUCUGAACUGAAGUUGUCUACAUGUACUAGUACUACAUGGACGGCCUGUAUGAGUCACUUGGUGCUUGUGAACGCAGACACCGAUACUAUGGUUCGCAAGCUGAGCAGCGGGGAGACGGUGAACAUGGCAGAAGAAGGUGUUACCAAUUGGAGUAUCAGAGCAAUCGCUUCCGAUUCCACGGCUUUUGUGAAAUUCUACAUUGAUAAUGGCUUGUUCAGUCAAGAUGCCUCGCCUCCUUACUUCUCCAUGUGCCUGGACUCCUCAGGCGACUACGCUUCCUGCAAUCGGAUCAACACAUCAGCGCGUCGGGACCUGACGGCUGAGUCUGGAACAAGCGCAGGAUUCGAAAGAGUCAAAAGGCCGGAGCUCUUCGAGAGAAGUCUCUUUUCACUGCUUGCUGGGCCUCCUCUAGAUUUGGAUCAUGGACAAGCUUUGCAAACGGAGGAAAUGCCGGACGUUGACGUCAAGGAGGUAGAAGAAGCAGAGAUUGACAAUAAACAAUCUUCGAAAACGGAGAAGGCGCCGCAGGUGGAAGAAGUGGAGAUCGAUCAAACUGGCGCAACAGUGACUCAUCAGUUUGGUCCUGGUGCUGAAGAGCCCACCAUGGACGGAGUUGACGACGGAGAUUACUACUGUUCAUCUGGUGAUUUCCCCUGCGAGGACGGCACCAAAGUCUAUGUCUGCCUUUAUUCCUCCUUCCGCGGUUAUCAGACUCUUUGUGUUUCAGAGGAAAAGUCGGACAUCUUGGCGUUUUACGAGCACAGCUAUUGCGGCCAGUGCGUGAGCGCUCUUAGUGGGCUUUCGAACCUACUGGGUCUUCAGUGA